AUGCAGGACAGUGGCGAUAUUAUUAGCUCUGGGUCAACACUUUCACCAGAUGAAUCUGAAAAUGAAAAAGAAAGAGACCCACCACCUUUCCAGGCUAGUACUGCAGAGGGGAGUAGCAGUAUUCAGUUGUCACCAAAACUUUGCAAGAUGAUUGUGAGAUUUAUAUGUGGAAGUGUUUUGGGUAGAGAGGAGAUCUCAAGGCUGCUGAAGAAGACAUUCUCUGUCACACCUAGAAAUCUCAUGUCCCUCACACUAUCUCAACUGUUGGAAGUGGUAUCCAAGAAGACAGCAAGGCACAAGUAUGUGGAAUCCCUGGUGAACCUGUUGAUCCGAGCUGAAGAUGACUAUGAUAAAAGUGAACAAGGAGUCUGA